AUGUCUCCAAGAAGAUCAAUUCGAAUCAACGGCAAUAGAAACAUCCACGUGGAUGCAGCUCCAGCACCCGCAAGGGGCGGAGGCCGAGGUGAUGGUCGACGCGGAGGCCGAGGUGAUGGUCGACGCGGAGGCCGAGGUGAUGGUCGACGCGGAGGCCGACGUGGAGGCCAAAGCGGUAGGGGAGGUAGACAAGGAGCAUCGGUAGCACCGGUAGAUGAAGUAGCACUCGAACAACAACAAGCACCUCCCAAUGCUCAAGCUGAGAUACUCCGAGAAAACGCUCGUAUACGUGAGGAGCUAACUCAAGAAAUUGCAAGGCUACGAGCUCAGAAUGAGGAGUUACGCCGGAAUUAA